AUGUCUGCCUUUUCGGGGUCACUACGCAAUAACCUCGUUGGUCCCGUCGUCAACGUCAACGGCGCGGCGGCCGCACCCCACACACGCUCUCUUCCUACCCCCAUCCCAUCCACUAUCCUCCCCCCCUCGUCAUCUUACCCCCGCGAACGACGACCCGAGCGCCAAGCAAAGCUUGAUCCACCCAAUACGGCACGACAAGCGACAGCACCUUGUGAAGAUUCCAAGCUAAGACGAUUAGAGUAUGGCAAGCCCUGCGUGGCACUACGAGAUGCGGCCGUAGGGAAGUCGUCCCUCCUCGUCCGCCUAACCGACCAGCGCUUCCUAGCCAAUCCGGAUCCGACGCUUGGUGUCGAAUUCGGGUCCAAGCUGCUGACGCUGCAAGGGCCAGGGCCACAUGAAGGGACUGUUGUGAAGCUGCAAUGCUGGGACACGGCUGGGACGGAGUCGUUCCGCUCGAUUACGAGGAGUUACUAUCGCGGGGCUGCGGGCUGCCUGCUUGUCUAUGAUGUCACCUCCCGCAAGUCUUUCGACAACGUCCGCAUGUGGCUCGCAGACGUCCGGGCGCAUGCGGAUGCCCAUGUCAGCUGCAUCCUUGUAGGAAACAAGGUCGACCUAUGUGAAGGCGAUGGUGCAAUACCACGCGCUGUACCCAAAGAGCUGGCCCAGCAAUUUGCAAACGACGAGGGGCUGCUUUUUACGGAGGCGAGUGCGCGGAGCGGCGACGGCGUUGAAGAUGCAUUCAUGCGUGCUGCGGAGGAGAUUAUCGGCAAGGUGCGGGGAGGCAAGUUUGACGAUGCAAGGGUGAGUGCGCUUUCUCCACAUAUUCCUACCCCUUUGUCAUUGUCCUUCGUUUUCCACUUCUGCUCCGGCUUUCCCUCUUUAUUUAUUCUUUCUGCCCUCGUUUCUCUUGUUUCAGAAGGCAAGCUCGCUAACUUGCUUCUAGUCCCCCGGCGUCAAGCUCUCCAAACCUGGCGCGGGUCUCCCCCUCGACGGAGGAGGGUCAGCACGGCCGGCAGGACAACAACAGUGCUGCACCUAAGCAACGUGUACGAGGCGGACGGGGACGUUACCAAUGUUAUGACCAGGGAUAAUGACGAUCUGAGGAUUAACUGGAGAGUGUACUAG